AUGGAUCUGGGGAACUCAGGGAAUGAUUUGGUUGUGACCAAGUUUGUCCUGCUGGGCCUCACAGAGACUCCAGCUCUACAGCCCAUCCUCUUUGUCAUCUUCCUUCUUGCUUAUGUCACUACCGUUGGAGGCAACCUCAGCAUCCUGGCAGCCAUCCUUAUGGAAACAAAACUCCACAGCCCCAUGUACUUCUUCCUGGGGAACUUGUCCCUGCUAGAUGUGGGGUGUGUCAGUGUCACUGUCCCUGCCAUGCUGAGGCAUUUCAUAUCCAACAACAGAAGCAUUCCCUAUAAGGCCUGCCUCUCCCAGCUCUUCUUCUUCCACCUCCUGGCUGGGGCGGACUGCUUCUUGCUGACCGUCAUGGCCUAUGACUGCUAUCUGGCCAUCUGCCAGCCCCUCACCUAUAGCAGCCGCAUGAGCUGGGGAAUCCAGCAAGCCCUGGUGGGCAUGUCAUGUGUCUUUUCCUUCACCAACGCACUGACCCAAACUGUUGCCUUGUCUACUCUUAACUUCUGUGGCCCCAAUGUGAUCAAUCACUUCUACUGUGAUCUGCCACAGCUCUUCCAGCUCUCCUGCUCCAGUGUUCAUCUCAAUGAGCAGUUGCUGUUUGUAGCAGCAGCUUUCAUGGGUGUGGCCCCCUUGGUCCUCAUCAGUGUGUCCUAUGCCCAUGUGGCAGCUGCAGUCCUGUGAAUCCACUGUGCAGAAGGCAGAAAGAAAGCCUUCUCCACAUGUAGUUCCCACCUCACUGUGGUGGGCAUCUUUUAUGGGACGGGUUCAGUGGAGCUACACAAGGCUGGGUUCAGCUACACAAGGCUGGGUUCAGUGGAGUCUUCAGACAAGGACAAGAGCAUUGGCAUCCUCAACACUGUCAUCAGCCCCAUGCUGAACCCACUCAUCUACAGCCUUAGGAACCCUGACGUGCAGGGUGCCCUCUAG